AGUUCUUUUUAUAAAGAGUCCAGUGAUAAGGUGAGCUAUACAUAAAACCCCUAUCAGCUCCCACUGACCCGGACACACACUCACACACACAGAGCUACAAGGAGCCAGCAGACAUGGCGAGUAAGAAAACAGCAGCGAAGAGAAAGAACACCCAGCGGGCCUCCUCUAACGUUUUCGCCAUGUUUGAGCAGUCACAGAUUCAGGAGUUCAAAGAGGCUUUUGGCUGCAUUGAUCAGGACCGAGAUGGUGUGAUUAAGAAAUCAGACCUGAAGGAGACUUAUGCACAAUUAGGAAAACUGAACGUAAGUGAUGAGGAACUGGAUGCCAUGCUGUCGGAGGGUAAAGGCCCCAUCAACUUCACUGUCUUCCUCUCUCUCUUUGGAGAAAAACUUAACGGUACGGACCCAGAGGACACCAUUCUCAAUGCAUUCAAAUUGUUCGACCCCGAGAACACCGGCUUUGUCAAGAAGGAUGAGUUCAGAAGGCUACUCAUGAACCAGGCAGAUAAAUUCACGGCAGAAGAGGUGGAGCAGGCUUUUUCCUUGGCCCCCAUCGACGUGUCCGGGAAUAUCGACUACAAGUCUCUCUGUUACAUUAUCACACACGGGGAUGAGAAAGAGGAAUCGUAAAGAAAAUGCAAAUAACAUAGCUGAAUCUUGAACAGGUUGAACUGGAUAUUGGAUUUGAAGUGUUGGGAAAUGUAGGGUGUGUGUGUGGGAGGAGAGCAGUAUUUCAAUAAUCAUCAUCAUUAAAGGAAUACUCCAACGUUCUCAAAUCUAAUCUCUGUCCACCCCAUCUAUAGUUUAUAUGCAAUUACUACAGACAAGAAUAUCAUGCUUUCCUGUACUGAGAAAAGAGCAGAAAACCAUUCGGGCAGUCGUUGUAUUCUGUCAAUAAACACUUAUGCAAAAACA